ACUCGAAUUUGUGAAUACAUGUAACUUGUAAGUACACGAUUUAGUAUUCAAACCUAUUGUGAAUUAUUUAGGCCAAGACGAGCUACAUCGUGAGAGUACAUCGUUUUCCAGCAUUUUGAUCAAACAGAGAUUUUUAUCGUAUGAACGGAUAUAUGUGGUUCGAGGAAAUAGAGUUUCCAUCAUGGCUGACACAUUAAAAAAUGUCAUCUCCCAGAGUACAGAGUGUCCUGUAUGUCUUUCUACCUUCACUGAUCCCAAGAUCCUGUCUUGUUCUCACACCUUCUGCAAGACCUGUCUGGACAACCUCUUGGAGUGCCAUGGUAAUUACCAGAUCCGAUGCCCUGUAUGCAGAGCUGUAACCCAGGUCCCAAACCAAGAUGUCAGCAAACUACAGGUAAAUCUUGCUUUGAGGAAUCUAAUAGAGGACAUGAAGUGUCAUCCUCAGAUUUGCACGAGUUGUAAAUCCGAUGACACGCCCAGUGCUGCUGUCUACUGCCAAGACUGUGGCAAGUAUCUCUGCACCACUUGCCUUAACACCCACUCUCAAUGGGGAGAUUUCAUCGAUCAUGAAGUCAUAGCCAUGAGUGAGAUAUCAUCAGGGAAGGUGACGAUACGUAGAUACCGGAAAUGCAGGAAACACCCAAAAGAAGACGAGGAGUGCUUCUGUUCCAACUGCAGGAGAUUCACAUGCUUCAAGUGUGUUGUCAUGGAACAUAAAGACGAAGCUAAGCACCAGGUCACGGAGGCAGCUGCUUAUGAGAACAGACACAGGGAGAGCAUCGAAGACAUAAAAUCAAAGGUGGAUGAGAAGGAAACAUGCUUCAAGAAGUACUUAAAUUUCAUCGAUGAACAGAGGAAACUUGUUGCCAAUGCUAAGAAAGGGUGUAUAGAUGAUAUCAACAAGGCUUACGAUGAUGCAGUCCGGCAGCUGACAGAGAGAAGAGACAUCCUGCUUGGAGAAGUCAAGGGAAAGACUGAAGGAGUAGUGAAAGAACUGGAAGAGAUGAAGACAUCGGCUCAGAAGUACAUCAACCAGUUGACGACCGUUGCUGACAUGGUAAUCAACAGAACAAAGAUACCGUUCGAUAUGGAUACUUUGGCCGCACACGACUCUCUGUGUGAGGAGAUACAAGAUGCCUUUGAUCAAGAGGAUCCUGACUACGAGAAACCCAGGAAAUCAAGCAAGAAAGGGAAAAGUGUCGGUUUUGAGAGACACGUUCGAAAGGACGACCUAAUUAUCGGUAAGAUUGUUAACGUAGAUGCAAAGGACGUCGCUUUGGCGACUAAGAAUAGCAUGAAUACCAUGAUUAGUACUCCAGACGGUAGGAUGGCAAUAGGGGGUCGUAAUGGUGGCAUCAACAUCUUCUCAUCUGACGGCGAAUUCCAACAGACAGUUCUCAAGGAUGUUAAUAUUCUUGCGGUAGGGUACCUCUCUGACGGUCGAUGUAUUGUGAUCGAUUAUGCAAACGAUAUCACACUGUACACGCCAGAAUACGUAAAAUUGAAUGUAAUGUUCGAGUCUUUGGGUAAAGAUGAAGGCGGGUUUCCUAAUCUCACUGUUGGUGGUGAUGAACUUAUCUAUGUAAGCUACAGAAAAGCCCAAAAGAUCCUUGUAUUUUCAGCAGCAGGUGGGCAAGCAGUCAGGGAGAUACCAUGCACUGGAUAUACGCCUGACCAAAUCACUAGUUACGAUGACACUCUUCUCGUUAAAACAGGGAAUACUUUACGAUUGAUAGACAAAGAAGGUGCUGUACAACAUACAUUAAUCAAAAAUGAAAGUUCAAUUCAUGCUGCUGUAUCUCAAGAUAACCUCAUCCUGGUAGCCACGGUGAAGCAUGAAGAAGGGUUAGUGAGUAUUGACGAGUAUACAAAUGAGCUUACACCCAUUCAAAACCUUGUAAAUGAUUACAAGAUUGAAAAGAAUGAUAGAGAUUGGUAUUGUCUCCAGCAAUACCGAUCAGGCGAGAUCGCUUUCUGCACACCUGAUAGACUCUAUAUAUUCCACUGAUAAUAAUAGAUCAACUUUGGUGACUUUACAGUGUUAUGGUAUCACUACAUAUCGAGGAAGGGGGGUAAUAACUGAAUUGUCCCCCUUUUUAAUGUUAUUCUUGAAACUGACUUAUACAGAUCAUUUAAUUAUACCUAAAAAAGAACUUGGUUUUGUUCAGUUAUAUAUAAAUUUAUUUCAUAUUAAUCGAAUUUCAGCAUUACGAGUCAACUAGAAUUGAUGGGUUUGGAUUCAGUGUGCUUGAAUUGGCUUCUGUAUUGCUUAGCUAGCAGAUGAGUGACGUGUCUAAAUUUAAUUCCUGGGUGGUGUUUCGGAAAGAUUUGAUUUAAUUGAUUAGAUAUCACCAAUGUGGUAAGAACAUGAAAUCAAAACACAUUUUUUUCUUUUAUCAUGUUUCUACAAUGAUUAUUUGAAAAUGCAAUGCAAUGUGGUACAACAGUCUAGGCAAGGUAGAUCAGAAAAGUUUAGAAUAUUGUAAUUGAAAGGACACAAUCAACCACUACCAAAGACACAAUCAUGUUGAGAACAUGCAUUUAUCUUGAAACAUUUAAUUGUCUUCGUUGAAGUGAGGUCUUAAAAAUUUUGUAUUACACCCCCGGACUACUCCAUAGAAAAAAAAAUCUUCUAUUCAAAUGUUGGUCAUUGUACAUGUAACGUAUAUAAAAAAAAAAUAGCAUGGACAUAACACCAGAAAUAGUUUAAUUUCGUUGUACUUACUGACUCAAGAUAAAUGUUUAGAUAUUUUGAUUGUCGAAUUCCCUCCCUGAAAGUAAUAGAUUAAUUAAAAACAAUCACACUUUG